GGUAGGUAUGCAUUUCCAUAAGACGCAACGGAUUAACUAGAGUUCCACCGUAGGGCAAUAUCAAUUGCUACCCUCGGGAAAUCAGCAUCGUAGCAGGUAAAUGUAUACCAAUUUCUAAUUCAAUUUAUUCCUUCAAUCGAACGGGACGUAAUGUUGCGGCACUCGGUAUCUCAAGUCUUCGGCUUAAAGCACCCUGCUUUAUCCCCACGUGAGAAUGACGACAUAGGACAACAACCUCGGCCGCCCAACGUAAGAACAAAUCAGUUAUCGACUCAAGUACCACCUCAUGAACCCGACAAUAUAUGCCCAAAUGCCUUAUCUCUAAACUCACCAUCUCAAUCGUCGUACUCUCAAGAGCCGAUUUCAAUGCCGAUGCCGACUCCGGUUCCGGUCCCGGCGGUUCAGCCGUUACCACUUCCUGAUCACAUGCCACAAGGUAUCUCAGCACCGACACUAUACCCUUCGACUCUUACGACUAGGAAAAUGGACGCUUCGAGUCUGCAUCCUGUUUUCUUCAGCGAGAGAUUACAGAGGUCGCCAUUCGUAUUUGACGCGGCGGAAGUAACUAGCCCCGUUGCGCAUGGAUACGCCUAUCCGGAAACACAGCGGGGAGCCGAUGGAUCUAUUUCUUCUAGGUUAUAAGAGAUGCUUUCCAUGGGUAGAUGGGUAGGGGCGGGCGUCGGUAACCAAUGUUUUGGCUAAUAUAAGUGGCUGAGUACUCUUAACAAUCUUUAAGCUUGUCAAAAGGAACUAUUCUUAUUAUAUUAUAAGACGCAAUCUGCUUGCUGCAGACUUGGCUAUAUUCACAGAAGCUAAAAGCUCACUUGCAGCUGCUUGAACCAUUAUGCUUGUUAAACCUGCUUGUUAAAGAUACAGAGUUGUAUGUACAUAGCUACAAACGAGAA